AUGAAGUUCUACGCCAGCCUUAUCGUCGCCUUGCCGUUGGUUCCGUGCGUCACCACGUCGCCGCGGACCUUGUCAAGCGCGACAUUCCCAACACGAGCCCGGGCUUCAACCAGAACGACCCGAGCUUCCCCGAUCUUUACACGAACGGAUUCAUCGAGGCCGAAUGCCAGUUCAAGACUUUGCAGUCCAUUGGCGGCUGCAUCGAGCGCACAGACAAACAACUCGAAUGCUACAACCUUGACCAAAGGUACUUCUGCGACCUUUGCCGUCGCCGCGGCGGACGCUGGUACAAGUGUCUGUUUUGAUACGGCUCCUGUGGCUUGGAAGGGAUCAAUGCCUGCCUGA